GCUGCGCGCGGCCGCCGCCGCCAUCUUGCGUGAGGGCGGAAGGGGCCGGGACAGGGACGUGGCCGGGGCGCGGCUAUGGCGGCGGCGAAGCCCGGGGGAGGCACCGGCACCAACCUGCUCUUCUCGUCCUCCGCCACCGAGUUCAGCUUCAACGUGCCCUUCAUCCCCGUCAGCCAAGCGCCGGCCGCGCCGCCCGGCCCCGCGCUGCUGCCCGCCGAUGAUUCUGCGGACGUUGGGGAAGAGGACAGCUUCUUGGGUCAGACAUCAGCCAGCCCCAACCCACCACAGACUUUCAGCUACUUCUCUCAAGUUCCCAGCAGCAGUGAUCCCUUUGGGAGUAUUGGGCAGCCACCCUUAACAACUGUUUCAACACCUGUGGGAGCACCAGCCUUCUCCAGACCUCCCACUUCACUUCCACUCGUGUCUGGCUCCCAGGAUGGGCAAAAUGCCUUUUCACCACAUAUUCCCAAAUCCCAGUCUUAUGGUGCCCCACCCACUUCCCAGGUGGGAAUGGCGCCUUACCAGCCCCCUCAGCAGAGCUGUCCCCCACCUGCCAGCACUGCCCUGCCCGUGGGCACCCCACAGCAGCAGGGCUACAACCCCUACAGGCACACCACCCUGAGCAGCAGGGCCAACCCUUACCUCACCCCCCCCCAGCUGCAGCAGAGCCACCCCCCUGCCACAGCGUCCCCCGUGCCACCCGUGCAGAUGUACCAGACACCCCCGGGGCCGCUGACACAGUUCCCACCGUCCCAGUCCCAGCUCCAGCCUGCCAGGCCUGCAGGGCCCCUGGUCCCAGCCCCUCCUGUGCUGCUGCAGAACCAAUAUGAGCCAGUUCAGCCCCACUGGUUCUACUGUAAGGAGGUGGAGGACAAGCAAAUAUGGAUGCCAUUCAGCAUUCUGGAUUCUGCAAGACUAGAGGAGGUCUAUAAUUCUGUCCAGCCUGACCCCGAGAGCGUGGUGCUGAGCACGGACGGCGGCCGCUACGACGUGUUCCUGUACGAGCGCGUGAGGAAAGCCGUGUACUGGGACGAGGAGCCCUCGGAAGUGCGGCGCUGCCUGUGGUUCUACAAGGGAGACAAGGACAGCCGCUUCAUCCCUUACACUGAGGACUUCAGUGACAAGUUGGAGGCAGAAUAUAAAAGGGCUGUAACUACCAAUCAAUGGCAUCGACGACUUGAAUUUCCAAAUGGGGAGACAAUUGUUAUGCAUAAUCCCAAGGUCAUAGUUCAGUUCCAGCCUUCUACCACACCAGACGAAUGGGGCACCACUCAAGAUGGGCAGGCAAGGCCAAGGGUAGUGAAACGUGGAAUUGAUGAUGACCAUGAUGAGAUUCCUGAUGGAGAAAUGUCCCAAAUUGACCAUCUGGUAUUUAUGGUUCAUGGCAUAGGUCCUGUAUGUGACUUGAGGUUUAGAAGCAUUGUUGAAUGUGUUGAUGAUUUUAGGACUGUUUCUCUGAAGUUGUUGCAGACUCACUUUAAGAAGUGUUUGGAGGAACGCAAAGUGAGCAGGGUGGAAUUCCUUCCAGUUCACUGGCACAGUUCUCUGCAUGGAGAUGCAACUGGUGUAGACAGGAACAUAAAGAAAAUCACUUUGCCGAGCAUUGGUCGCCUGAGGCACUUCACCAACGAAACGCUGCUGGACAUCCUGUUCUACAACAGCCCCACCUACUGCCAGACCAUCGUGGAUAAAGUGGGCAUGGAAAUGAACCGCCUGUACGCGCUCUUCAUGAGCCGCAACCCCGACUUCAAAGGGGGAGUCUCUGUGGCUGGGCACAGCUUAGGUUCCUUAAUUCUAUUUGACAUAUUGUCUAACCAGAAGGACUUGGCUUCAUCAGUAAAUUCUGGACCAUUCUCUGGUGUUAAUGGGAGUGUGAAGGACGUUCAUGAUAAACAGAUGACUGAAGAUACCAGUUCCUUGGGCUCCUCCAUUGCUACGUCUGCUGAUGACCUUUGUGAGGCUGAAGCAGAGGAAGAUGUUCCCACUCUGCAGAGGACUCUGGAAAUGCUCAGUUUGUCAGAGUACGUGAGCACCUUCGAAAAGGAGCGGAUCGACAUGGAGUCUCUGCUCAUGUGUACAGUUGAUGACCUGAAGGAGAUGGGGAUACCUCUUGGACCAAGAAAGAAAAUAGCUAAUUUUGUAAAAGACAGAGCAGCCAAGCAGGAACAGAAGAAAGCAGUAGCAGAAAAGAAAGCAGUGCUGGCUGCCACACUCCAGACUCAAGAAGACACCCAGAAAUCAAAAGAGACAGUUUCUUCUGUCUCACCUUCAGAGUCUGGUCAGAUGCACACAAAGAGGAAGCUCCCAGUUGGUGCAUCUGUGUCUUCUGUGAACAUUGACUAUGAGUAUUUUGAAGCUGGAACUGGCCAGGUUUCUGUGGUUUACAGUGCACUGGACUUUGAACCAGAUAUUUUCUUUGCUCUUGGUUCCCCUAUUGGUGUGUUCCUUACUGUGAGAGGUGUGGAGAAGAUUGAUGAAAACUACAGGCUCCCUACCUGCAAGGGGUUCUUCAAUAUCUAUCACCCACUUGAUCCAGUAGCUUACAGGUUAGAACCAAUGAUCAUUGAAGACAUGGAUUUAAAACCAGUUCUCAUUCCACAUCAUAAAGGCAGAAAAAGACUUCAUCUGGGUAAAAAGAAAACUUAUUUCAUAUGGAUCCUAUUCAUUAUUUCCCAUUUGAUGGAAACUGAGAAGAUCACUGAAAGUCCAGACCCUCCAAAAGACGAAGAUGUUUCAGUGAAGGUUGGGAUGCUGAAUGGAGGGCGUCGCAUUGAUUAUGUUCUACAAGAGAAACCAAUAGAAAGCUUCAAUGAGUACCUGUUUGCUUUGCAGAGUCACCUGUGCUACUGGGGAUCAGAAGACACUGCCUUGCUGUUUCUCAAAGAGAUAUACAGGACCAUGAAUAUCAAUCCUGAGCAGCCACAGCAUUGAUGUAUAAAAAACAUGAAUUUCCAUACCCGUUGCUCCAGCAGACCUGGUGAAAAACCCUCUGAAGAACAUCUGGUAUUUUCAGAGUUGCACAUGAGAGGAUAAACAUCAGAGGCUUUUUUCCUGCCAGUCCAGAACUUGCUUGGAUUCUACCUUCUUGUGUCACUUCAAGCAAACUUAAGUUAUGAGACGAUCAGGACUGUCAUUCAGGAGAUGGAUGGAAUGACACAGUUUUGAUCUUAAAUCAGCUCAGUUGUACCAUUGCCAAAUAUAAGGUGAUUGAAGAAAGGUUUUUUGGCAUGCAAGUCAUAACUUCUCUCCUUCAGCUCUCCUGUCUCAGCUGGCUGCCAGACAUGCUUUGCCUACCAAGGCAGCAUGUCCUUAGUAAAAAGGACUUGAUGAGAAACAGCAAUAAUCUACUGUUCUUGACACAUUUGUUCAUUCCCCUUUAAGAAAUGAAAUGUGAACUGAAGUUAUAACCAUCUUUAAUACAGAUUACACAAACCAGUUCAUAUUUACUAAAAACUAGCAACCAGAAUAAUUUUCUUACUAUUGUAAGUGUGAUGGAGAUUAUUUUAUAAAGACCUUUUUAAGCCUCUGUUAAGAGUUUUAUUGUGGCUUUUUUUUAAGUAAAAAUGAACUUUUGACUUUGAAAAUAUUAGAAAUUUGUUACAGCUAGUUCAGUGUUCACAUAUCCUGAAAUGAGGAAUGAUUUAAAAUGACAUUUUGAUCUGGUAAUUAUAGAAUCACAGACUAUUCUAAGUUAAUUAAGGCAAUUUUAGUGAAAAUAGGCUGCAUUUAUGAGAACUAAAACAGUUACCUUGACCUUGCAGUUUAACAUCUCAGAACUGUUACUGUAAAUAGGAACCUGAAGCUUAUGGGUGCUGGAUAAUGAUCUAGAUCCAGCCCUGCAAUCCAGACUCCAUUUUCUUGUAAUGAGGUUGAGGUGAGUUAGGUGUUGUGAAACCCUUGGAAUUAAUGUCUCUGAGUACUGAGCUUCUGUAGCUUUCCUCUGGCUUCAAUUUACACACACAUUGUGGCUUUCCUUAAUAUUAGUGACUUAUACUUAUUCCUAACUAUUUGCCUCUGUUAUUGCAGUAAACAAAUUUUGAAAUGCAGUAUGUUUUUUUUCCUUGAUAUAUGUAAAAUACACAUUAUUGUGUAUAUAAAUUGAUGGCUGUAAUUAAAAUUACCUUAUUUCCAGUGGGUCUUUUCAACAAGGUUUUGUAUUUAAUCACAAAAAAUAGCUUGGAGGGUUGCUUAGUCCAACUUCCCUGCUUCAAAGCUGGAGAUUCUUUGCCUCUCUGGCCCUGUUGUAAUGUUUGACUACUAGGAUUGCAAUUUUUUUCCUGAUACACAGUUGAAAUUUUCUGGGUGGGGCUCGUAUCUGUGGCCUUGUUCAUUCUCUGCAUCUUCAAGAAUAACAUCUCUGUCUUCUCUUGUACUCUCACAUUUGAUAGCUGAGGACAACAAGAUUUUCCUGUUUGCCUUCUCAAGACCCAGCACUUCCCGUGGCAUCUCUUGCCUGCCAUGGGCUGUGGCCCUCUAGUGAGUCUUGGGGCUUCCCACUGAACUGGCUUUCCAAAAUCCUUCUUGCUCUGGGGAGAAACUUGGCAAGUUUGGAUAAAAAGGAAACUUUUUAUCUAAAACAGACAAAUAAAUGUCUUUGUGUCUUUAUAAAUUAACCUGUCAGACAGAACUUUGUAGGCUUUACAAUGUCCUUUGUUAGUUAAAAUACAAAUUUUUUUAAUAUAUAUAUAUGUAUAUGCAACACCAACACCAUGACCACUGGCCUCAUUUCCAUAUUAAAUAUCAGAGUGGAGGGUUAUAUACAUUUGUAUUUAUCAGCUCUGUCACAUGAGCAAUCUGAUGAGUUUGCUUAAAUAGCAUUUUUAAGAAGGUGCUGGACUGUGACACAUCCCCUUGGGAGGGGACAGCAGCACCAAGGAGCAGUCAGACUUUAUGGGUGUGGGAGAGGAGUUGCUGCAGGGGGACCUGGCAGGCAAGGAGCUGCCUUGCAAUGGAAGGGGGAGCAGGAGAAUGCUGCAGGAAUGAGGAGCAUCUGGAGUGCAGAAAUUGGUUGGGGAAUAUGGCAUAAAAAUGAGUUCUAGUUAUAGAAACAAAAAAUGGGCUGCAACUACAGUAAUGAGCCAUUCUUACACCUUAAAAGCAAAUGGAAGUUUAGACAUAAAGGAAAGAAAAAUGAGUGUAACCUAUAGUUACAUAAAACAAAUAAAAUGAGUUUAUAGAGUGAUUUUAAAUCUGCUACAAAUGAAUACUUUGCUUCCUCAGCAGAAAUCUUCCUUGUGUGCUGCAACACACACCAUACACAGCACAGCUCCCAGUAUAUCCAGUAAAUUUUCAUGGUUUUUUUGUAUGUAUUAUAAUGCAUAAUUAAACAGAUAAGGCUAAUUGCACUUUAAUUAGUCAAUCCACAUACAAAAAUUUAGUUUUCCCUGCUAUAUUUUCAUCUGUGCUGAAGUUAUUGUGAGCAUUAAAAAAAAAAAAAAAGUCUAGAAGAUGGAAUCUAAAUAUCUAUGGAACAGGGUGAAGAUUUUUAUGAAUUAAUUCCAAGCAAAAAAAUCAGAGCCUCUGUAAGAAAUCCAUUACCUUCCCAAAAAAUUCCCAUUUGGACAGAAGCGAAUUUUUUAUUGAAAACUUUUUUUCUUUUGGAAAACUUCCACUAUCCACUGCUUCUUUUCCUCUGUUGCAGGACUCCCUGCUUCUGCCAGUAGGAAUGUUCCUGUCCCUUGGGAACACCUCCUCUCACAGCUGUUCAUAAAAGCAGCACAGUCAAAUAAUUCCUCCUUGUGCUGGCAGAUGCCUUGCAUGACACAGAAAAUUUCCAGUAACUGUGCUGAAGUUGUCCUGGUCCAUUCCUAGUGAAUGUUAAAUUAAUAUUUAUAA